GUACGCCUGACGAAACUGGACCACCCCAUGGAUGUAUUUACCAAAAAAGGGUACAACUGAGCAUCUCGCUCUAUUCCUCUUUCUGGCUCUCUAGCAUAAAGUCCCUGUUCAGUUCUUGGCGUUCCUUCCUCCUGCUUGCCGCAGUCUUUAUAUCGAGCCGUGUGUCCGCAUCGAGUCAGUGUUGCGGGCUCCUGGGUGGAUGUGACUGAGGCCGGUGGAGGAACAAACUGACCCGCCGAGAUGACCACCGUGGCCCCGACGCACCACGAGGGGACAGUGCUGACGCCUCCCCAAGUGCGCCACCUGACCAAUAGGAACCCGUCCCCGUCCCGAGCCUUGGCCAGUCCUGGCAGCACUCCGCCAGCAGAGCUGUCGGAGCUCCUGCGUGACAAGGAGCGCCGUGCCGAGCAGCAGCGCGGCCGCUGCGUGGAGGAGCGGGAGAGGAGGCUGGAGGAGCAGCGGAGGAAGGAGGCCAGGCGCCGCGCGGCCGCCGAGGAGAGGAGGAGGCUGCAGCAGGAGGAGGAGAAGGAGCGGCUGGAGGCGCUGGUCCGCCGGCGGGCGGGGGGCGCGGCGGACAAGAGGGGCCGCGGCGCCGGGGAGGCCGGCCGGGACCCCCCGGAGAACCGGCCCAAGAGAUGGACCUGGGGGGGACCCCCGGACGGAGCCGAGGGUACCCCUAAGACCCUGCCUUGCCCUGCCAUUGGUUCUGCUCAGCCCAAUGAGCUUCCUGCUGCUUCCAGAGCCAACCAAUCCCGCAACGUAAAUGACUUCCUGACUCCAACCACUCCUGAUCAACCAAUCAACAAGCGGCUUUCCAACUCCUCUGCAGCCAUCCAUUCACCCGAGAGAGCGUCCUCCGGAACACAGAGGCCGCACAGAAGUUCCUCCAACCGCAGGAGCGUCACCGGCUCCCUGGAGGAGAACACAGGGGACAAGACACCGACAGACGGUCAGACCCCGCCCAACCGCAGUUCAUCCUUCAGAACCCAAGGCAAAGGACCCAGCACCCCUAAACGGGUGCGGUCCACCAAGAACCGGGCCUUGUCUCCCUGCUCCCCUGGCCAGUACCCCCCCUCCCCUGUCCGGCACCGCGCCCCCACCCCUGGCUCCGAGGACAGGGGUCACAUCGAGGGCAAAGGCCCCGGGACCCUGGAGAGGAAGUCCUCCAAGGUGGACGCGCCGGAGAGGAAGAUUCCCAAGUCCACCAGCAAAGAGCUGGCUGCAGAGUCCCCGUGCACGCCCACCGGCCGCAGUGUGGGCGGGACCAGCGACGCAGAGGAGGCUGGCCGUAUGCUGGCCGAGAGACGACGCCUGGCCCGGGUCCAGAAGGAGCAGGAGGAGCGACAGAGACAGGAGGACGAGAGUCUGAGACAGGAGGAGGAGGAGCGGAGGCAGAAGGAGUUACUGGAGCAGCAGGAGCUGGCGGCUCUGCAGGAGGAGGAGAAUCGGAUCUGCCGCGAGGACGAGAGGAAGAGGAGGGAGGAGGAGGAGCGAAGGCAGAAGGAGCAGCGCUGGAAGGACAUGCAGGAUCAGCUGGACAGAGAGAGGGAGGAGGCGUGCCUGCGGGCCCAGAAGGAGGCGGAGAGGAAGAGGCAGGAGAGAGAGCUGCUCCACAUUCAGGAGGAGCAGGAGAGACUGCAGAGGAAGAAGAGGAUCGAAGAAAUCAUGAAGAGGACCAGAAAGACAGAGGGAGAGCUGCAGUCUCCUGCCCCAGGUAGGAGUCACGUCUCCCCCCCUAGGGUGGGCCCGCCCGGCCUCAUUGGGGAGGACGAGGCCCCUCGUCCCACUGAAGCCCCCCACAUCAUGCUGGGGCCCCUGGAGACCAAGAGCUGCCUGGACGAGCUGUCCGACGGCGUGCAGUCCAUGGACGUCAGCCCUGUGUCCCGGGACGACCAGGCCAGCGCCCAGGACUUCUCCCCGGUCACCGAGGGGGGCGGCGAUGUCCCCUACGGCCUGGAGCACAUGUCGGAGCUCUCCCUGCACGGGCCCCCCGGGGACACCCCCGCCCUACCCAAGCUGCGUGCGGGCAGCGGGGCCGCGCUGGGCGACCUCAACAAGAACCUGCUGAUCCAGGCCUACAGCGCCGCCUCCGAGUCCUCCCAGCUCAUCCACAGCCUGGGGCCGGGGAAGCUAGACGUCCUGUAG